AUUGUCCUCGCCAGCCUGGACAUAAGAAUCCAAUGUUGCUGUCUUUUGCACAAAGAAUGGUCAUAGUUGUGCUGGUGAUAUUUUUUUGAUUUCGUAUAGCCGCCUUUAGUGAUCAUGUUGCUAUAGUGUUAUUCAGAGUGGAGCCCACCCCCACCUCCUCACCUUUCUUUCAUUUUACUCUGUGAAUGAAAGCCUUGCAGUGUUCAUCCCAAUCCUCUCUGAGUAAUCCCAGCAACAAAACCCCAUGGAGAGAAUACAAAACCAGUGGAAUCAAACACAUGGAUCUUACUGAGUUGACUUGGAAUGGUACUUAAGAGAUAAACUUUAUAACGGAAACUACCGGACACCUGAGAAAAGUCAUGAUUUCAUCGUUGCUUGUUAUGGUGUUUAAUGUGGUGGUCUCUCAUGAACCUUUUUUGGGAAAUCCAGAGAAUCUGAGUAUUAAGGGUGAAUUUUCUGAUAUUGUUGAUGAGCAGCACAAGCUUCCCUCCUCGGAACUGAAGCAUGGGGCAGUUAGCUCACUCCCUCAUAGCAGGUGGCAAACACAGAUGGCUUUCUCCAAAACAGUUUAUUCAUUUCAAGUAAAUGAAGACACUGUGCCAGGAACACUUGUGGGAAAGUUGGAAGCACAGAUGGGCAGUCCCACACCUAUCACAUUCUCAGUUCAAGAGGAUGAUGGGGAGAGCAUGUUCCUCCUCAGCCCCGUCUCUGGGGAGUUCCUCUUAUCCCGCAGCCUGGACUUUGAGACACAAAGGUUCUACAUUCUCACAGUGGAUGUGCAGCAGGGAGACUUGCAGGUAUCCAGUGUCAGAGUCUAUUUCAAUGUGCUGGAUGUCAAUGACAACCCUCCUGUUUUCAGUCAGAACAACUUCUUUGCAUCACUGCUGGAAGACACACAUGUCAGAACUUGCUUCCUGUCACUAAAUGUGUCAGACAAAGAUGAUGGUGAAAAUGGAGAAGUGGAACUGAUGGUUGUCAGCGGUGAUGAAGUGGGCAUGUUCUUCAUACACUCAUCAGGUUGUUUAUGCCUGAACAAAGAGCUGGACAGAGAGCGUCAGUCUUCCUAUAAUCUAACUGUGACAGUAAAUGAUUGUGCCCUGCCAGCGUCUUCACAGCUUACCAGCACAGCACAUGUAGUUGUGGUAGUGGAAGAUAUUAAUGACAAUGCUCCCUUUUUUGUGUCUGCCAAACAUGUUAGUAUACCAGAAGACUCUGCGUUGCAUUCUCUUAUAAUGACUGUACAUGCUGAGGAUAAAGAUGCAGGAUCCAAUGCAAAGGUUUUCUAUUUUUUAACCAACUCUUUUGGUGGGACAUUCAGCAUUGACAACACACGUGGAGCAAUGUUCCUGGAGGAGAUGUUAGACAGAGAAAAGGCAGACACGCUCAAUAUUACUGUGACAGCCACUGAUGUGGGUUCACCUCAAAUGGCCACCACAAUGAAUUUAACAGUACAUGUCGAGGAUGUAAAUGAUAAUGAUCCUGUGUUUUCACAAAGCAACUAUAGUCUGUUCAUCAAGGAAGAUGUUCCGAGAGGGACAAGUCUGUUUCAGACUAAGGCUCAGGAUCAAGAUAUUGGAUCAAACGGACAAGUGCGGUACCUGUUGACCCCAGCUGGUCCUUUCAUGGUUGACACAGUUCGAGGCGUGCUGUCAGUCACGGGUCAACUUGACAGAGAAAGGGACUCAAACUACACUUUGAUUUUAACUGCUGCUGAUCGAGGGGAUAUACCGAGAUCUUCUACCACUGCUAUCAGCAUCACAGUGUUGGAUGUCAAUGACUUUACACCCCUGUUUUCUCCAGAAACCCUGAUCAUUCAUGUCAAGGAGAAUGAAGAGGAUCCAUCUGAGCUAACACGCCAGGUGCUGCUGUACCUCAUGGUUCAUUCUGUACAGACAUACAGUCGUCACUAG